AUGGGUGUUAACGGGCUUUGGACGGUGAUCCAGCCGUGUGCACGGCCUACCAACCUGGCAACGCUCAAUCGAAAGCGUCUGGCCGUGGAUGCAUCGAUUUGGAUCUACCAGUUUCUCAAGGCUGUCCGUGAUAAAGAAGGCAAUGCGCUUCGCAACUCCCAUAUUGUGGGAUUCUUUCGGCGCAUCUGCAAGCUUCUCUGGUUUGGUAUCCAGCCCGUCUUUGUGUUUGAUGGCGGCGCUCCAGCAUUGAAACGAGCAACCAUUCAGAAGCGCAAACAGAGGCGAGAGGGAAGGCGAGAAGAUGCCGUCAGGACCGCUGGGAAGCUUCUGGCUAUUCAGAUGCAGCGACUCGCGGAGGAAGAGGAGGAAAAACGCAAAAGGGAAAAAGAGAGGCCGCGCCCGGUAGAGCCAGAAGAAGAUAUCCCCGAAGCCAACGAGUUGGUCUACGUUGAGGAGAUUGGCAUGUCUCAACAGGAGAGGCUGCGCAAUCGCAAGUUUUAUAAGCAGGAUGCCUAUCACCUGCCGGAAAUCGAGGGUGGAAUAGCAUCAAUGGGAAAGCCAGACGAUCCUCGAAUCAUGAGCGUAGAGGAAUUGGAAGAAUAUGCGCGCCAGUUCAACAACGGAGAAGACAUCAACCUGUACGACUUUAGCAAGAUUGAUUUCGACGGCGACUUCUUCAAGAGCCUUCCGCCGCCUGAUAGGUACAAUAUUCUCAACGCGGCGAGAUUGAGGAGUCGACUCAGAAUGGGCCUGAGCAAGGAACAGCUCGAUGACAUGUUUCCUGACCGCAUGGCUUUCUCGAGAUUUCAGAUUGAAAGAGUCCAGGAGAGAAAUCAUUUGACACAGCGACUAAUGUAUGAAAUUGGAAUGUCGGGCACUGACCUGACCCUCGGCGUCAAUGCACGUAUUGCGGGAGAAAGAGAUCGAGAAUACAUCUUGGUGAAGAACGAGGGUGUGGAAGGAGGCUGGGCUCUUGGAGUGGUCAGCAAAGACAAAGAUGUCGGGGAAGCCCACAAGCCAAUUGAUGUGGAUGCUCUUCAAUUUCAAUACCAGACAAAGGAAGAAGAAAGUGAAGAAGAAGACUUUGAAGAUGUGCCAAUCGUGGGUGUCAAUCGGCUACCCAAACUGUCCCAGUCAGAUGCUGCAAGCUUUCAAGCUGCUCAAGAUAUAAGUGGCAGACGACAGCAUUUUUACAUGAGCCACAGACAGGAUGCUGCCAAUGAUGAAAGCGCCAACGAAGACUCCUUGUUCGUGGGGGGGAGAUUGGAUCCGACAGAAAAUAUUUUGGAGGAACAGCCUGCGGAGCAUAUGCAUCCAGAAGAGGAGCAUGAUCUCAAUCUUGCAAUCGCUUUAUCAUUGCAGAGUCAACACGGCAUUGGACGGGAAUCAGAAGAGAGCAUGGAUGAGGAUGAGGAUGUCCGAGACAAACCUGAGUGGACUCAAGUAGCCGUGGAAGCGCCAAAGCCUAUCAGUCGUAGUAGCGGCUCAAUGAUUGCGCACAUUGUAAACAACCGGGCCAAUGCGGCUGUUCCGAAACGACAAGAAGCCCCGAUAUCAGAGGAGGCAAAAGAGAGCGACAGCGAUGACGAUAUGCAAGCAAUCCUAGCAAGGUCACGGAAGAUGAAGAAACCUCAACUAAAGCCAGCUUUUGAGAAUAAGAAGAACCCGUUUGAUGGCCCUCUACCGUUCCCAAAGCUGGACUGGGGUUCGUCUCUUUUCGCUAAGAAAAAGACACCCCAAGAGAAACCAAUUGUGGUUACAGCAGGUGGAGAUGACAGACAACUGGAUAAAGAGGGAGAACAAGAAGAUGGGUUAAGCGGCGGUUUCGAAGUUGAAACUCAGCAAGAAGAUGGUCCCAAGCCGUUACCUCCGUGGCUAGUAGAUGAUGAGACGGAUAUUCGAGAAGCAAUCAAGAAACAGCAAGGCGUCGAAAGAGAAAUUAACGCUCAGGAUAGAGCUGAAGCGGAAGAAGAAGAAAACCUUCGACGAAAAGAGUUGCGGGAUCGGUUGAUCGAAAUCCACUCUGAAGAUGAGGAUGACGACGCCAGCGAUGAUGUCAAAAUUAUUGAGAUACCACCAUCGCCAGAAGCGGCCCCGAUCUCUAGCCCCACGGUCGACAAAGUCCAAGAGGAUGAUUCAAGCAUUGAGCCACCUACAACCGAGCCUGCUCUUGAGGAUAAGAGCAGAGCGGAGAGCGAAUCGCCCGAGCCUGAGUUUGAAGAAAUUCCCAUACCUGAAGCUCCCACUGCUCCCGUUCCACCUGUUGUUGAAGCGCAAGAGAGCCAUGAUUCGCCCGAACCUGAGUUUGAAGACGUCCAGCCAGCGGACAGCACACUACCUCAGGGAGAUACACAAGCAGAUGCCUUCUUGAUUGAAAGCCUUCCUUUGGGCCAGCCUCCAGUAGAAGGCAUCGUGGAUGACGACGACUUAUUUGCCGACGUAGAAUACGAUGAGUUUAGUGACCCCGAGGACGAAGAACUCCUAGCACAGAUGGCUGAAGAAGCAGAGGAACACGCGCGCUUCGCUAGUGAACUGAACAAAAAGUCUACACAGCAAAACAAAGAAGACUAUGAGCGAGAACUGAGAGCGCUUCGAAACCAGCAGAAGAAGGAUCGCCGUGAUGCAGACGAAGUGACGCAGACCAUGAUUACAGAGUGUCAGGCUUUGCUUCGCCUUUUUGGCAUCCCGUACAUCACCGCGCCGAUGGAAGCAGAAGCGCAGUGUGCAGAGCUGGUCCGGCUCGGCAUGGUUGACGGCAUCGUUACAGAUGACUCUGACACCUUUCUCUUUGGAGGGACACGAGUCUACAAGAACAUGUUUAACAGCAACAAAUUUGUAGAAUGCUAUGUCGGCGCAGACCUCGAUAAAGAAAUGUCCCUGUCUCGAGACCAGCUCAUAUCGCUCGCUCAGCUCCUGGGGUCGGAUUACACAGAAGGACUGCCUGGCGUCGGUCCCGUUACAGCUGUCGAGAUCCUUUCCGAGUUUCCCGGCAAAGACGGCCUCGACAAGUUCCGCGAGUGGUGGAAAGAGGUUCAAGCCCAAACGCGGCCCAAGGAGGCCGAUGCAUCCUCGUCUUUCAGGCGCAAAUUCCGCAAGUCACAGGCCACCAAGCUCUUCUUGCCGCUCGGCUUCCCAAGUCCAGCCGUUUACGAGGCCUACCUCCACCCAAUGGUCGACAGCAGCACGGAGCCGUUUCAAUGGGGCGUUCCUGAUGUGGCAGGGCUGCGAGAGUAUCUCAUGGCGACAAUCGGAUGGGGCAAGGAGCGCACGGAUGAGGUGCUCGUGCCGGUGAUUCGGGACAUGAACAAGCGGGAGAUUGAAGGGACGCAGAGCAACAUUACGAGGUUCUUUGGCGGGAGUGUUGGCGCUGGCGCAAGGGAGACGUUUGCUCCCAGGCAGAGAGUUCAGGGGAGCAAGCGAAUGGCGGCUGCGGUGGAUAGACUGAGGGCGAAUAUGGCCGGGGGAGAAGAGACUGCGGAAUCUGGGGAGGGUUCAGGGGCUAGUAAACGUAGGAAAACGGGCAGACAGAGGCGUGCUUGA